ACACACACGUUCACACUCUUUCUCUCUCCACGACCACGUGACGCUCCCUCUGCCGAGCCUCGCUGAGAGCAUCAGACUGCACCUUUCCUCCUCAGGAGAGCGGAGAGAGAGAGAGAGAGAGAGAGAGAGAGAGAGAGAGAGAGAGAGAGAGACACUGAGUCAGACAGAGGCACAGCCUGUGAUAGUUUUGUCCCUGCCCGGUAGACCGGCUCUAUCUGCCUCUAUCGGCUGCUCUCUCUUCUCUCGCGGAUUUGAGAUUCUCCUCAAAUGGGAAGACAAAUCGAUGAGGCGCGCACGGCGCUGUUGCCACGGAACCACGGGACGUGCGUGAGGUCGCUGGAGAGAGUGAUGACGCGGCAUUGAGAGACACACACACCUCACUCACACACACACACACACACACACACACACACACACACACACACACACACACACAUUGGCCCACACACACUUUAAGUCUUGCCCUAGUAAGACGAGGAUGAGGGGGGAAAAAAUAAUACUGCUAUGACGGUGUCAUUUCUCUCCAUUACCAGUGUGUGAGCCACACACACACACACAUACACACACACACAGGCACGCACACACACACUCACACUCCAUGGGGAGUUGCCUGCAUGGGGGAUAAGGCCCUAUCUAGGGCACAAAGAUGGAGUUCACAUCGUCUUUGUCACAUAUCUAACAGGCACAUAAACACUCUCACACACACACACACACACACACCUGGAAGCUCGUAUGUCAGAAGAACAGAAUGAAAGCCUGAAUGGAGAGAAGGCCUUAGACAUCUCAGAGAAGACAGAAACACCAGGCCAAGGCCAAAGAUGUCGCAACCGUGCUGAGAGGACAGAGGGAGCUGCUGUCUGACACCCUCUGCAUUGGACCUGUUUCAUAUAGGAGCCCCCCCACCCCCCCACCCCCCACCCCCCCCGAGAAGAGUGCUGCCGAGACGCAGGGCGCGACACCUAGAAAGGGUUCCACCAAGUGCCCUACAGUUGUCACCAUGAGCUGUAGGCUAGAGGGAACACCUCAGCUCUAGCCUUCCUCUCCUCCCGUGUGUGUGUGCGAGUGCGAGAGCGAGUGUGUGUAUGAGUGUGAUGGCGGUUUGUGUUUGGGCGGCAGCCCCUCUGCUCUUCCUGGGGCUGUGCCUGUGCAGCGUGGGGGGCCAGGCCCAAGGGGAGGUCCUGGAGUUCGGAGGCGUAUCCAGCCAGUGGGGGCGGUUCCCGGUGUGGAACGCCUGCUGCGAGAGCGUGCUGAGCUUCAGCCUGCGGACUCAUAGCCAGGAGGGCUUGCUGCUCUACCUGGACGACGAGGGCUUCUGCGACUUCCUGGAACUGCUGCUUCUCCACGGCCACCUCCGCCUUCGCUUCUCCAUCUUCUGCGCCGAGCCGGCCGAGCUGCAGUCGGGCGUGGCGGUGAGUGACGGGCGGUGGCACGCAGUGCGUGUCAAGCGGGACUGGAGGAACACUUCACUGGAGGUGGACGGGAGAUUGGAAGGAUGGGCGGAGGUGAAGAGUAAGAGAAGAGACAUGACAGUAUUCAGUCACACCUACAUGGGCGGGGUGACGCCAGACCUUCACUCCUCGCCGCUCCGCCUCACUUCUCCUUCUGUCCGGGAACACCCCGCCUUCCGUGGCUGGAUCACGGCAGUGAGCAUCAACGGCUCGCUGGUGACGCUGGACAGCUCGGAGGGCGUCACAGUAACAGCUGGCUGCGGGCCAGACCACCAGUGCCAGAACGGAGGGGUGUGCAGCGUGGUCAACGACCAGGCCGUCUGCGACUGCUCCGACACCGGUUUCCAAGGCAAUGACUGCAGCGAAGAGCACAGCUACACUCCAGGUCUGGCACACCUGAUGAUUGGCGACCAAGGAAAGCUCAGAGCUCGCGAGGAGUACGUUGCCACCUUCAAGGGCUCCGAGUACUUCUGCUACGACUUGUCGCCCAACCCCAUCCAGUCCAGCAGCGACGAAAUCACGCUCUCCUUCAAGACGCUGCAGCGCAACGGCCUGAUGCUGCACACCGGCAAGUCAGCCGACUACGUCAACCUGGCGCUCAAGAACGGCGCAGUGUCGCUCGUCAUCAACCUCGGCUCCGGAGCCUUCGAGGCCUUGGUGGAGCCGGUCAACGGCAAGUUCAACGACAACGCCUGGCAUGACGUCAAGGUCACCCGCAACCUGAGACAGCACUCAGGCAUUGGACACGCUAUGGUGACCAUCUCUGUGGACGGCAUCCUGACCACCACCGGCUACACCCAGGAGGACUACACCAUGCUGGGCUCUGACGACUUCUUCUACGUGGGAGGGAGCCCCAGCACCGCUGACCUGCCCGGUUCUCCAGUCAGCAAUAACUUCAUGGGCUGUCUCAAAGAGGUGGUCUACAAGAACAAUGACGUACGGUUGGAGCUUUCUAGAUUGGCUAAACAAGGAGACCCGAAAAUGAAGGUAAGUGGGGUGGUGUCCUUCAAGUGCGAGAGUGUGGCGACGCUGGAUCCGGUGACCUUUGACACGCCGGAGUCUUUCGUGGCCCUGAGCAAGUGGACGGCAAAGAAGGCAGGGUCGAUCUCGUUUGACUUCAGGACCACAGAGCCCAAUGGCUUGAUGCUUUUCAGCCAUGGGAAACCCCGACAACAGCAACGCAAGGACCCGCGCACGCCUCCGACAGUCAAGGUCCAACAGGUGGACUUUUUCGCCAUUGAAAUGCUGGACGGUCACCUGUACCUGCUGCUGGACAUGGGCUCAGGAACCACCAAGACGAAAGCCAUCGACAGGAAAGUCAACGACGGCGAGUGGUACCACGUGGACUUCCAGCGGGACGGACGCUCAGGAACCAUCUCGGUGAACAGUGUGAGAACGGCGUACACGGCCCCGGGGGACAGCGAGAUCCUGGACCUGGAUGACACCUUGUACCUCGGGGGCCUGCCGGAGGACCGGGCCGGACUCAUCUUCCCCACUGAGGUGUGGACGGCUCUGCUGAACUACGGCUACGUCGGCUGCAUCAGAGACCUGUUUGUGGACGGGCAGAGCAAAGACAUCCGGCGGCUGGCCGAGGCCCAGAGGGCGGUGGGCGUGAAGCCCUCCUGCUCCCGGGAGCCGCCCAAGCAGUGCCUGUCCAACCCCUGCCAGCACAACGGCAUCUGCAGGGAGGGCUGGAACCGCUACGUCUGCGACUGCUCCGGGACGGGCUACCUGGGACGCUCCUGCGAGAGAGAUGCCACUAUCCUGUCGUAUGACGGCAGUAAGUUUAUGAAGGUGCAGCUGCCUGUGGCGAUGCACACCGAGGCGGAGGACGUCUCGCUACGCUUUCGCUCCCAGCGGGCUUAUGGCGUUCUCAUGGCAACCACAUCCCGCAACUCGGCAGACACCCUGCGUCUGGAGCUGGAUGGGGGCCGCGUCCGACUCACCGUCAACCUAGACUGUAUCAGGAUAAACUGUACAGCCAGUAAAGGCCCAGAGACCAUCUUUGCUGGGUCGGGCCUCAAUGAUAAUGAGUGGCACACGGUGAGGGUUGUCCGGCGUGGCAAGAGCCUCAAACUCACCGUGGACGACCUGCAGCCAGUAGAAGGUCAGAUGGCGGGCGACCACACCCAGCUGGAGUUUCACAAUGUGGAGACCGGCAUUGUGACGGAGAAGCGCUUCAUGCCCGCCGUGCCCUCUAAUUUCAUCGGCCACCUUCAGGGCCUGACGCUGAACGGCAUGCCCUACAUUGACUUGUGCAAGAACGGUGACAUUGACUACUGCGAGCUCAACGCCGUCAUCGGCUAUAAGAGCAUCGUGGCGGACCCCGUCACCUUCCGCUCCCGCUCCAGCUUUGUCACGCUGCCCACACUGCAGGCCUACUACUCCAUGCACCUCUUCAUGCAGUUCAAGACGACGUCCCCCGACGGGCUCAUCCUCUUCAACCGGGGCGACGGCAACGACUUCAUCGUGGUUGAGCUCGUGAAAGGUUACCUCCAUUACAUCUCCGACCUGGGCAACGGAGCGCACCUCAUCAAGGGCAACUCCAACAGCCCCCUGAAUGACAACCACUGGCACAACGUGCACAUAUCCAGAGACACAAACAAUCUCCACACGGUCAAGAUCGACACCAAAGUCACCACGCAGACCACCAUGGGUGCCAAGAACCUCGACCUGAAGGGUGAUCUGUACAUCGGGGGCGUUUCCAAAGAGAUGUACCGAGACCUGCCUAAGCUGGUCCACUCACGCGAGGGAUUUCAGGGUUGCCUGGCAACAGUUGAUCUAAAUGGCCGCCUCCCGGACCUUUUAGCCGAUGCCUUGGCAACCAUGGGACAAGUGGAGAGAGGCUGUGAAGGUCCCAGCACCACCUGUCAGGAAGACUCCUGCUCCAAUCAGGGCGUCUGCCUGCAGCAGUGGGAGGGCUUCACCUGCGACUGCAGCAUGACUUCCUAUGCUGGGCCGCUGUGCAACGACGCUGGGACCACCUAUAUCUUUGGCCGUGACGGAGGCUUGGUGGUUUACACGUGGCCGCCAAACGAGCGCCCGAGCACCAGGGCCGACCGGCUCGCCCUCGGGUUCAGCACCCAACAGAAACACGCCAUUCUGCUGCGGGUGGACAGCGCAAAUGGCUUGGGAGACUACCUGCAGCUGCAAAUUGACAAAGGCAACAUUAGGGUAGUGUUUAACGUUGGCACUGAUGAUAUCAACAUCGAGGAGAGCUCCAAGUUUGUCAACGACGGGAAGUACCACAUAAUUCGGUUCACCCGCAGUGGUGGCAAUGCAACCCUCCAACUGGACGACCUGCCGGUCAUAGAGCGCUACCCCUCAGGCAACAUUGAUAACGAGCGCCUGGCCAUCGCCAGACAGCGAAUCCCCUAUCGGCUCGGUCGAGUAGUUGACGAUUGGCUACUCGACAAAGGCCGCCAGCUGACCAUCUUCAACAGCCAGACGACGGUGCGGGUCGGCGGCGGCGAGCCGGGCGCCGCCAUGUUCCAGGGGCAGCUGGCCGGCCUCUACUACAACGGCCUGCGCAUCCUCAACAUGGCCGCCGAGGGGCACCCGCACAUCCGGGUGGAGGGCAGCGCGCGGCUGGUCGGCGACAUGCCGUCCUCCUCCAUCACCCCGCAGUCCAGCGCCGCGGGCGGCGGCAACCACUCCGGCGCCGCCACCUCCAUCAGCGACAUCACCACCACCACCGCCACCAACAGGAAGCAGGGCGCCACGCAGUCGGCAGACGACCUGUUGGUGGCGUCGGCCGAGUGUCCGAGCGAUGACGAAGACAUUGACCCCUGUGACCCCAGUUCAGCCCGGCCUCCGCUGCCGGAGGUGAAGGUGUUCCCGGGGCCGUCCGAAGUGGUCCGGGAGAGCAGCAGCACGACGGGCAUGGUGGUGGGGAUCGUGGCGGCCGCCGCCCUCUGCAUCCUCAUCCUCCUCUACGCAAUGUACAAGUACCGCAACCGCGACGAGGGCUCCUACCACGUCGACGAGAGCCGCAACUACAUCAGCAACUCAGCCACACAGCCCAACGGCAGCGCCAAGGACAAGCCGCUGGGCAUUGCCAAGAUCUCCAAGAACAAGAAGAAUAAAGACAAGGAGUACUAUGUCUGAGGCGGGAGACUUCCGACACGCAGACAUAUACGCAUACACCUUUAUAUAUAAUGGUAUAUGUACAUAAAUAGAUAUAUUCUGAAGAAAAAAAAAAUACACACAUACACACUGACAUAGACAUGCUGAUGAUAAUGUUUACUCUCGAAUAAUCACACCUGCACACAUGCUAGCAAGCACAACAUACACACGAACAAGCCCACACAUACAUGAAGCACAAACAUCCAUACACUAACACACAGACUGGCCUGAGGGCACAAGCCCUCGCUGUACAGUAUUUACCAAUGAGCAGAGCCUCCCAGAGAGGCCGGUUUUAUGAACAUAAACACCAUUCCAAAUGAUUUAGAAAGCACCAGUUCAACUCCCAAUAAAGAACCAUUUUUGGGGGCAGCCAGAUUAAAAAAAAAAAAAAAAAAACAGAACAAAAAAAAAAAAAAAAAGAAACAAAAAAGAAACUGUUACUUCUCUGCCACAACGGGACCUCUCCAGUUGGACUUCAAGAGGUCAAGGAGGACUUUUAAGCCAAGCACAUGGCAGACUGCGAGUGUUGAGCAAGAGGCAGAGCACCAGAACAAAGAAGAUGUAAUAGCACCAAGACAAGCACUAAGUGUCUCUUCCAAGCUUCUUGGCCUUCCUCCCUGUUAGCAGAUGGGACUUGAUGAAGCACUGAGGAUGCUGAGGAGACGAGCACACCGACGGUACCAGUCUAUCCCCAAGCAGCAGGACAGGAAUUCAGGGUGUAGCCAUAGAGACGGUGAAUUCUGAGUGGAUAGGCUGAGGCGGGGCCGGUGCCCGUUCACGUGACGGAUGAGCUGCGGCCGCCGCGCCGCAGAGCCGGUGUUUUACGGCGCCCUGUAAAUCACAGACGUGAGAAUCAGUGGAAAACUGACCGAAAUUUUUCCUGGACAGGAUACUUGAGACUUCAGAUGCUACCUACAGACACCAGUCACGCGUGACUGCAGUGUCUCACACACACACACACAGACACACAAGCACAUACAUACAUACAAGCACACAUGCACACAAAUUAAAAUAUAAACAAUCUACUCAUGCAGAUCUACAUCUAACUGCAGUGCAAAAGACCCGCUGUAUCUUCAUGAAUGACACUGAAGAUUAUACAAGAAGACAAUGAUGGAAAAGAUGAAGAUCAUUAUAACUGUUAUGGCGACGAUAACGAUGACUAUGAAGAACAUUUGGGCAGUAAUAGACACUGGGGAAGGGAGGGGGGAUCUUAUUGCACGUGAAUUAUCUUACUCCGUGUGAUUUAUACCGCGUUGAAACUCCAGAGGUUACAUCGUGAAGCACCACCAUCAUAAACUUACCACCUUGGCUUGAGGUAUUCCUGAAUACACACUUCAAAUGGGUUUUUUCCAGUCCACGAGAUUCAGCGAUGAUUUCAAAGUCCUAAAUCAACUCUCGGUUCCCGAUCUUCACGGACAAAAAGCGUGACCAUCUCGCGUGUGUGAUGCAUGCCUGAGUCCCCCGAGCCGCGCCGCCGAGCGGCGGCGUGUCCCACUAAAUCCAGAAGUGGUAGGUUUCUGUGGAGCGAGGAGGAAGACGAGCAAGGCGUUGCCAGGUUUCAGCGUAACGCCAGUGGAAGCCGUGGAUGUGUGCGCACAACGCAGGCCGUGUCCUGUUUUGUAGUCUGUCUUAAAGGCCAACCCACACUAUACCUGCUCUAGCCAGCCACCUUUCCUUUUUUUUUUUUUUUUUAAAGCAUAAACCAGCCGAGGAAAAGAAUCAAAAACAACGAAAUAAAUGUUUCCAUGUGUUGCUAAUAGAUAGAAAAAUCCAGCUCUGGAUACCAUUGGCUAUAUAACAAUUUAAGUUGCCUAAUUUCAUUGGCUCUCCCAUUUUCUCUCUCUCUCUCUUCACAUCCUCAUGUAUUCAUGCUAUUUGUUAACUGAUUCCUCAAUAUUCAUUAGCAAUGCAGCUGAGACAGAUGGUUUUCCGAUGGGCUACGGUAUAUUUAUCUGUUUAUGGACUUUUGCGGUGUCUGAGCCCGCUGCAGCUGAAGAAUUGUAGCCCCAACGUGAUAUCAAUACAAACAGUGCCAUGACGUGAGCGAGCCCCUCCAGUUCUUCCAAGCGAUGUAACUAAGCAGUCGGAUGCAUGCAGAAUGGACCAGAGUGAGGAAGGACAUGAAACUGACUGUGUGUGAGAUUUUCAAAGUAUAAUGUCAAGAAUUAACAUUUUUCCCUUUUACUCGCUCCAUCUUUAACUGGCCUUUAUGACCUCCGUUCUCUCCCGACUCUUGUUUCCCUUUCUUGUUUGGUACGUCUCUCCGUCGGCCCUCAAACUUCCUCCACGUCCAUCGCUUUCCUUUCCCUCCGUCUUUGUUGUGUUGCCAUCUGAAACAAAGGAGGCGUCUCAACUCAAUGGGAUUCUACAUCUAGGUGUUCAUUAACCAUGUUUAUUUUCUAUAUGUACAAUUUUUCUACAGUAUUUACUUUUAUUUUUAUUGUUACGGUUCUUUGAUGAACAUAAAGUGGAAAUUUAUUAUGAAAAAUAGUUUUGAAGAUUAAUGAGUAAAUAAAAUAUUACCCAAGUGA